AUGGUGCUCAAAAAGACAGUUCCCUGCAAGCUACGAAUCGGUGAAAAUGAGUACAGGGUGUACCACUGGGGUCAAACCCAGACAUGUUACCGCUGUGGUGGUGAGCACCUGGCACGUGACUGUCCCAAGCAUACAUCGCUGCCUGGCCAACACCGUACGUACGCCAGCACCGUGCAGAACGGCGACCAGCAGUCGACCCUGGCUGCGACCGCAGCUGCCACCGUACAAAACAGCGUGCAGAACAGCGACCAGCAGUUGACCUGGGCUGCAACCGCAGCUGCAAAUCAGCAUGUGGUUAGCCAGGUCACUAUACCAGCCCAAGAGCAGCUGUCACCUUCAGCGCAGCAGCCAGUGCUACAGCAGCGGAAACCUGAAUUGAGGUCCAGGAUUCCAGUACCCCAGGUGUCACUCAAGCAGGCGCAGGCAACACCUGUCACCCCAGCUUUUCGACUGACAUCCCGGGGCAAAGCAGCGCAUGCGUCUCCAGACGAGGAAGGCUUGCGGUACAAGGUGCACGAUGUCAAAGCUGUCCUGGCAAGCCAGAGCUUGGACAUACUUGGUGUUGCCGAGACAUGGCUGGAUCAGAAAAUCGGAGAUGGAGAACUGUGUAUCCCAGGAUACUCAAUUGCACGACGUGAUCGUGGUAGACAGGGUGGUGGCGUAGCCAUCUACUACCGCUCCACACUUCCCGCAAGACCGCGUCCUGACCUAAGCAAAGAAAACGUUGAAAUCAUAUGGCUUGAAGUCAAGAGCAAGUCCGGACCUCACCUAGUUGCAUGCGUCUAUCGACCGCCAAAUGAGCCAGUCGCCUACUGGACUCGGAUAGAGCAAGAGCUUGAGCGGGCAUCCCAAGUGACACCGUCGAUGACCCUACUCGGUGACUUCAACGCUAAUGUAUGCCAAGGUAGUCAUCAGGUGCGCCACUUGCUUGAUCUCUGCGACGUAUAUGGCCUGAAAAAUCACGUUAUCUCCCCAACACGUGUCACACCAGAGCAUCCCCAUGGAACUGUGAUCGACCUUGUUCUUUCAGAUCCCACCAACGUCUCCGCUUGCAGUGUUAUUCCCUGUGACAUCAGCGACCAUUUCCUGUGGCAUGGAGGGUUCAUGGACCUGCUGGACAGGCAUGCUCCGCAGAUUCUUACAAGUCAGGGGAAACGGCCAUCAAACCCGCCCUGGUCGGAUAGAGACUUGUUCCAGCUAAAUCAGCGGAAAAUCCGACUCCACAAGAAAUGGCUCGCGAACAAAGGGGACUGGGCGGCACAUCAGGACUUCAAGCGAGCCAGAUCUGCAUGCUCAAAUGCGUACCGCAGAAACCGCAAUGAGUACUUCCGCACCCAGUGCAGUGAGAAUAACUCUAAUCCUCGUCAAAUGUGGUCGGUUAUCAAUCAGGUCACAGGACGAAGCCGUCAACACCAGGAGCCCGCAUGCCCUAUGGAUGCAGUAACCACCGCGUUCCACAAGGUUAUCACGGACACCAGCCGGCCGCAAAGUCUCCAGAUACCAAGCGGACCACCCCCACAGCAAUGUCUCAUCUCCUUUCCGCUGGUUACUGUCAGGGAAGUUGAGCGGUUACUACGAUCAAUCAACACGACCAAGGCCACAGGAAGUGACGACAUACCCGGUUUUGUACUGAAACAUAGCGCUGAUAUUCUUGCCCCUUCACUGGUCACACUGUUUAAUGCGUCCCUGUCCAGCGGGGAAGUGCCAAGAGGUUUCAAGCUAGCACACCUCACACCCCUGUUCAAGGCCGGAGACCCAUCCGUACCCACAAACUACCGCCCUGUGUCGCUGUUACCCGUGAUCUCUAAGCUACUCGAAAAGCUGGUGCAGAAAGCCCUGGUUGACUUCGUCGACCCAGCUCUGCCUAACACCCAGUUUGCAUUCCGCCCUGGACACUCGACCGAAGAUGCACUGGCACUGCUCUCGGACACCGUCCUCCAAGCAAGAGACAAUGGUUCUGUUGUAGCAACAUGCCUGUUAGAUAUGAGUAAAGCCUUCGACAAGGUGAAGCAUGCCACCCUCAUCCAGGACUUGUUCAGCAUCGGUAUCUCCGGCACAGCCCUGAAAUGGUUUCGCGACUAUUUGUCUGGGCGCCAUCAACGCGUUCGUAUGGGCUCCCGACUGGGCAGAACUGUACCGUGCACUUGUGGUGUGCCGCAGGGCUCUGUACUAGGACCCAUGCUGUUCUCCAUAUACACUAGAGAUGUCCCCUCUGAAUCUGCGCCGGCAUCAUCACUGCAGUUUGCGGACGACAUCGCCCUGACAUGUGCAAGACGGACAGCGCAAGAGGUGUCUGAUGCGCUCAGCUUGGCGGUUACCUCCCUCUCAAGUUGGCUGGAUGCUCGUGGUCUUGUACUAAAUGCAAAGAAGAGCAAUGUAUUGGUUUUUACCAGCAGCAGUGGGCAGCAGCCGGACGUGGUUGAGGUGUUUGUCGCCAUGGAAACGGAGCGUAUCCGUGUUGCAUGA